AUGGCGCCGCUGCUCGUUGGCUCGCGCGGCGAGGCGCGGCCGGAGGUCACGCUCUCUCUCAUCAGCAGGCCGUCCGCCAAUGAGCCGAUCGAUCACGCGGCCGCACGGGCUGCGACCAACAAACCAAGAGCGCCUCAGCGUUGCAUCGUUCCUCCCAAGCAGGCCGUCGGCCCAAGAGCGCGAAGAAUGUCGAAUGGUGCGACGCCGCCCACGCUGCGAGUGCUGGCGCGCCAGCCGUCUUCCUGCGCCUCCGCGAAGCUCCCCGGCACGCCGCACUCGGCUCGCUCGACAUCCAUCAUCUCUGGGGCGUCGUCCGACAUCUCUGACAUCUCGAGUUUUGACGGCAGCAUCAACGGCGAGAAGCGCAGGAGUGUGCGCCGUGCAAUGCCGCGGCUGCGCUUGCCAGCCAGCGCAAGCCAGCUGCGACUGUCAGUCCCCUCCUGGCGGAAACCUGGGCGCGGAGCAGCUGCGGACGCGGACGCGGAGGAGGCGGGGGGGGGGACGCAGCCGACAGUCUCUACGACGCAGCCGACAGUCUCCGAAGGCGACGAGUCACCCACAGCGGGCGGCCGCUCGGACGCGGAGGCACUCCGCGGCGAGGUUAUCCUCGCGGACGAGCCCGAGGCCAGCGCCGCCGGCGAGACGACCCUCGGCGAUGCCAAGGCGGCUAAGCGCGAGCAGAAGCGCGAGCAGAAGUGCGAGCAGAAGUGCGAGCAAGCCUGGCUCCCCUUCUCCGACCCAGAGCUCCAGACCCUCGCCGCCGUCCGCCGCUGGCUCGGCGCCGCUCGCUUCGAUGCGGUGCCGCUCGACCUGCUCGUCUGCUUCCUGCGCGGGUACGCGUACCGCAAGGACUGGGCAGAGACGGUCUACGUCGAGCUCUCUGAGGCUCUCGAGUGGCGCGGGCGUGCGGCCGCCGACUCCGUGCUCGACUCCCCUCCCGCGGACCGCCCGCUCUUCGAGCAGCUCUACCAGAGCGGGCCGGUCGGGCGAGACCAGCAGGGGCACAUCGUCGAGCUGAUGCGGCUCGGCCGGCUCAAGGUGUCGAAGCUCUUCAAGAGUUUCGAGCUCGACGCAAUCAUCAAGCAGGUCACCUACGCCGCCGAGGCGAAGCGCGCGUGCAACAUCGCAAACUGCGGCGCGCUGGGCAAGCGGACGUACAAGACGGUGGUCGUGAUCGACUGCCAAGGCCUCGACUCUGACCAGCCUGACCGAGGACGCCUCAACUCGGACCACCUCGGCAAAGAGUUUCGCGUGCUGAUGAAGAAGACGGCGGAGGUGCUGUCCGGACACUACCCGGAGACGAUGCACAAGACGUACAUCAUCAACGGCCCUCUCAUCGUGCGCGCGGCGUGGAACGUGACGCGGCACAUGAUGCACCCCCUCUCGGCCGCCAAGAUCGCCAUCCUCGGGUCGGACUGGAAGAAGGUCUUCGACCGGGACGGCAUCGUGCUCGACGGCAACUCGCUCCCCGCGAGCAUCGGCUGGAGCGAGGCCGUCGGGGAGCUCCCCGCUGACGGCGGCGCGGCGAGGCGGCGUGGCUGGGCCCCGCCCGCCGAUCUGGCGGCCCUGGCGGCCCUCGCAGAGGGAGCGCAGGGCUAAGACUGAUUAGCUAGCUGCACGUUUGCGGGUUGGUGUGAGCUGCACCGGCACUGUGGCGUCCUGAGUGUAAUAAUUGGCUGGGUCUAGGGCUGCGGCUCUGGGCCCGGCAGCCUCUAGAGGUGUGUGUAUCUAUAUGUGGC